AUGGAGCUUACAUCUGCUAGCGAAGGUCACCUGGGGUCGAAGAGCCAUAUCAAGAAGAGAAUUGAAAACAUUGGUCUAAAUCUUCUAAACAGGAAUGCAUCUGUCCAAAACCUAGAGAGGAAGAUUGCGAGUCUGGAAAAUUCCCUUUUUCGCUCCGGGCUCAUACAAGAUCAAGGUAGCUCCGGACCAUCUUAUGCUUCGGAUCACCGCUCAGAUGAGAUUGCCACAAAGACACUCGGCUCGACCUCAGAAUUUGGAUUUGGCGAUGUAAGACCAUUAGUGAAUACAUACGGGCGAUCUAGUACACCUCCGCCGCAUACUGAGGAAUGCUUGACUAGUUGGAAUGUUGGGCAGGCCUAUGAAAAAAGUAUCUCGGGAUCGGAUUUACCCACGCUGAAAUCCUCGAUUGGAACAAACAGUGAGAUAUCAGCCGUUCGAGAGAAGUUCUUUGCAUCGCUCCCAGGCGAAAACACAGCGAGACGGCUCCGUGACCAGAUUCGCCGUGGCCCGUUCAUAAGUUCUAUAUUCACGGAUCUCCCUCCAAAGGCCCACCUUGAAUCACUGUUCGAGCUAUCCUUUAACAAUAUCAACUGCCAGUGGCCAUUAUUCGACCCUUCUAUUCUGAUACCGCUCCUAGAUGAGCAAUACGCAAGUGAUAGCUCCUCAAUUCACAAAAUCCCUGCACGCUGGGCUCUAUUGAACUCUGCCAUAGCAAUUGCAAUCCAGUCCAGGGCAGCAGAGGAUUCAUAUAGUGACAUGACAGAUCUAUCAUGGCAUUUCUUCAAAAAUUCGUUCAGCGUAUUCCCAGCAAUUGUUUCUCGCGGUACAGAUAUUCUGGCCCUGGAGGCGCUUCUUUCAAUGGCGCUGUUCAUGCAAGGUUCAAGUGACGCGCGCACAACCUCACUUUUAAUAUCUGACGCUGCGAGGCUGUCCACAACUCUUGGUUUUCAUAAAAGCUCUUUCUACGUGGGUAUGGAGCCUAUCACAGCCGAGCGACACAAGCGUGCGUUCUGGAUUGCAUAUAUACUCGACAAAGAUAUCUCCAUCAAAACUGGAAUGCCUUCCGCUUAUAACGACGAUGAUAUUAGUCUUGGAUAUACAAGUUCUGAUUGCCUCGGUUGUCCCGGAAAGAUUGUUGUCUCAGAAAUACGUGUGGAAGCUACUGUCUUUCGACUGCGAGCCCAGCUAGCUGUGAUUGAAUCAGCCAUUCAGAACCAGUUGUAUUCCGAAAAGACCACUACGUGCGGUGCAGAAAGGUGUUUACAAGCAGUCGCGGAGCUGGAUUACCGGCUUGGGGACUGGAAAGGACAAGUGCCUUCAAAUAUACAGCCAGGCCACAUCAAUUGGUCGACUGUACGUCCGCUUAGGGAACCUAUCCUUUCGUUACAUUUUGUCUACUAUCGCGCUAUGAGUGCAGUUCACAGUUUCGCAAUGCACCUCAUGCCUGUUAACGACGUCAAGUUCCUUUCACAAUCCAUUUCUUCAGACUCCAUUCAUGCGACUAUGGCUCACGAAUCAAUACAACUUCUGCAGUUACUACCACUCCAAGCACCUGGAGAUCUCUGGCAGACUCUGUUCCAUCCUCUGUCUGCAUUUAUUGCGCUAGUAGGAAUUGUGCUUAAGCACCCCACUGAUGUGCGAGCACGAUCUCACUUAAGACACAUUAGUGAUUUUGUGAAGCUUCUGGUCAAUGUCGAAAAAUGUGGAGUGCUUCACGUUGAGCCCAUGCUGCAUCUGUGCAUCCAACUUGAGAAGCUUGCGUUCGAAACAGUCACAGCAGAGACAAAUGUCCCUCAGUCAACCGAAUCCUCAAUGGGUAGCCAAAAAUUACAUGCAAAGGCUCAAAGGCUUACCUCACACGAGGCGUUUUACGGCAACCACCUGCAACUUGCACAUGGCCUGAUUGGCAACAUGCCCGCUUUACAGGCUAUUGCUGCUGAUGUCUUCUAUGAUAUGCUUCCUGCUGGAGCAAGGUCGAGUGCAGCUGCGGGUAUUCUUGCACCUGUAUUGCUAAACCCCGAAACUUACCAAUUUGCCUUUACAUAA